UCAUAUUGCAUUGUGCCUUUUAGCCGUGGCAUGGCGGCAUGCCCAGUGCAGUGUGCGCAAGGCACGUGCGCUGAGCAGCCAGAGGCAGCACAAGCCAAUCAGGAAGGCCGGACCACUGGGCCAGCCGUGAGAGCAGAUGUGUCUGGAAAUGCUGGAGACCUUCUUGCAGGACUAGGCUCUGCCAGCGGGUCUAGAGAGGUUCUGCCAAGGGCUCGGAGUGACGGACCAACACAGUGGCUCCUUGAAAUGCUAUGUGGACGCAAGGUUGGUGAGACUGUGCAGUUCCCACGUGUGCUCAAAGUGCUAGACCACACAUUCACUUCUGCGUUUGUCGAGCGUGACUUCAGAACAGCAUCUGGAGCUCACCUUCUUCGUAUGUAUCCCGGGGGCAAGCACUUCAUUGUCAAGUUUGCCGAUGUCAGGCAAGAAUACGCUAUGAUGUGCGCACUUCUGGAGAUGAAUCGUAGAUGGCACGAGCACUGUGUGUACGUGUGCGGCCAGCCAGUCCAAACGCUUACAUACGGGAUUGUCCCAAUCGGAGAGUCUGGCGGUCUGAUAGAGGCAGUCAGCGGAUGCAGGACUUUGCGUGAACUCAGGAGAGUUUGUAGAUCAGAUCCGCGCGAGCGCGUUUAUGAAGCGUUGGUCGGCGAUGCAAACAAGCUUGAUACGCUGGCGGCCACUACCACAGCUUAUCUCACAGCAUGUUAUUCGCUGGGAGUGAGAGAUGGUCAUGACGACAACAUCAUGCUACGGGAGGAUGGCUCCCUAUUCCGAGUGGACUUUGGCUUCGUUUUUGGCGCCACACCAGAAAUUGAUACGCCGCAGACAGUCGUGGCCAGGGCAGUGACCUAUGCUUUGGGAGAACGCUGGCUGGAAGUGGUUGCAGCUUGCGGUGAUUCGUUAACUGCCUUGACAGGCAACAGUUAUGGCAGUCCCCCAGCAUUGGACUGCUUGAGCAGUGUUCCAGAGCUUGAGCAUUAUUUGCCCUUGGCUCGAGUGCAUACGGCGUCUCUCAGCCUUGCUGGAUUCUGCCAAGAUGUGUCUUGCGCUGACCAAUGGUCAUUCUCCCGGGCCGCCAAAAACACCUUGCGAGAGGCCGUGCAGUUCCUUCGGGAUCAAACUGGCUUGGGGCCAGACUUGCCAGAUGAUGAGAGCGACAAGGCAGAAGCGGAGCUUCCACAGACACCAGGGACAGAGCCUGCAGUUGAUCCGUUCACUGACCUCAACUUUGUGCUGGAUUCCGGAGUAGAUUUGCUCGGCCUGUACCGGGCAAUGCCAGAAUACUUUGCCUGCGAGCCAGAGCAGGACUUGACUAACUGGUUCAUGACGGGUCCAGUGGCCGACUUCGUGUCUAUGGCAAAGGAGGGCCUUGUCAAGGACAGCCACGGCAGUGGCAUGGAUAGUCCAACUAUUGGAAGGUACAACGCUUCCAUGGGGCAGAUGCGAUACGGACUUCAUCCAAAGCCCGGGGCAGAGAUGCAGUCCAGUUCUCAAGACUGGGUGGCCAGCAAGAGCAUCAGCAGGGAUAUUCUACUGAAAUUGGCAGGAUCAAUUCCUCAGCAUGUGAGGAAGCCAGCGCUGCCCUUUCCAGUAAAUGUUCAAUCGGCACAUGGACAUCCCACUAUGGAGCAUCACAUGUGGGGUUGCAAUCAGAUGCAGCAGAGUCCUGGGCCGGUGGAUACGUCAAAUGGCCUCAGCUCACAGCACCAGCUUGCUCGUGGCGAGGAGUGGCCGUCAGCCAAGACAGCCCUGCCAGUGCAGCCAUUGCCAGCCAACGACCCUUUUGCUCGCACACCAGACACAUCUCCUCGGGAGCUUUCUCCGCAGCUGCUGGAGGUUCUGGGCCCAAAACUGCAGGCAAGAGUCUUGCGGUCAUUUCGCUGCCCGUCGCAGCCCUUGGACUAUGCAACGACAGGAUAUGGUGCCACAAGGCACGGCACGAGCGCCUGCACAGAAGAACAGCAACUGGGUUCUACCGGCAUCAGACCGCUUUCAGCAAUGUCACGGCAUGAGCUGCGCGGGUCGCUCGCCUGCACCACCGAGGGCAGUCCCUGCCAGGGCAGCUGUGUUGGCAGACUGGAAUCGGACUGCUUUCGUGCCGUAUCAUUGAAGCCAGAUGGAUGCCAGAGCUGAGCUCAGUCUGAAGGAUCUGGAUGAAAGCCAGAGCUCAGUUUGAAGAGCAGCCUUUCGGCGAUCCAGCAUUCGAUCCAUUUCUAUGCUGGCUUUAAGAUGCUCGAGGCUUGUUUUUAUUAGAAAGCUUAUUUUCUGCCAUCAGUGUGUUUGCCGAAUGGCAAGCGCAACUUACUUCUCUGCAUCGCCAUGUUCAGUGAUCGGCCACAAAGGCAAUGUA